AUGGGUGUAAUACGAAAGAAGACCGCAACGCGCGGUACAGAAGCCGGCACCAAGUAUCAUUGCGAUGUCUGCUCUGUGGACGUGACUUCAACUGUUCGCAUAUCAUGCGCUCACCCCUCCUGCCCCGAAUACGAUCUAUGUGUACCUUGUUUCGCUGCCGGAGAGAAGUCCAAGAACCAUGAUCCGUCGACACAUCCAUUCCAGGUGAUCGAGCAGAACUCGGUACCGAUAUUCCAGGAAGACUGGGGAGCCGACGAGGAGCUCCUGUUGCUGGAAGGUGCGGAGAUAUACGGUCUGGGCUCCUGGGCUGAUAUAGCAGACCACAUUGGCGGCUAUCGGACAAAGGAGGAGGUGCGAGACCACUAUAUUAGCACAUAUGUCGACAGUCCCAAUUUCCCUCUGCCGGAGCGCGCCGAUCCGGACGAUACGCGUCUCCAAGACUCUAUAUCCAAGGAGGAGUUUCAGUCUCGGAAGAAGCGGCGCAUUGAAGAGCGCAAAGAUGCAGCAAAGGCAGCUCCGCCGACUACUCCGAAACAGAAACCCACCGCCAGUGUACCUGCGUGUCACGAGGUUCAAGGCUACAUGCCGGGUCGACUAGAAUUCGAGACGGAGUUUAUGAAUGAUGCGGAAGAAGCUGUACAGCACAUGACCUUUGAACCGGGUGCCGGAGAAACACCUAAUGGUGAAACCGAUGCCGAGAUGGAGCUAAAGAUGACGGUUGUUGAUAUUUACAACACCCGCCUCACAGCGCGGACAGAGCGCAAGAAGAUUCUAUUUGAACACAACCUCCUUGAGUAUCGCAAAAACACCGCAUUGGAAAAGAAGCGCACCAAAGAGGAGCGGGACCUGCUUAACAAGGCCAAACCUUUUGCGCGAAUGAUGAACCACGACGACUUUGAAGAAUUCAACAAGGGCUUAGAGUACGAACACAACCUUCGACUAGCCAUUGCACAGCUACAAGAAUGGCGUCAAAUGGGGAUUGGUGACUUGAAGGGCGGCGAAAAGUACGAGCAAGAAAAACAGCAGCGCCAACAGCGUCUCAUGCCUCAGGGGUCGUUUGAACGAUUCGCCAGCACACGUCCAAAGCAGACCCAACAGCCGGAACAGCCUACAGCAGCAAGCCAACUAACCACACCGGAGCUCCCACUGCGACUGCAAAAAGCUGCAGGCACUCCCACCAAAGCCCCCGAGCCCAACGUUGUGAUGAAUGAUUUCGACCGCGCCUUUGCAGCGAACGGAGACGGAGCGGCAACUCCUCAGCCAACAAAGACCAAGUUUGUCAUCCAGCCGUUGACUGGUGUUCUCCCCUGGAAGUUGGAGAAUGAUGGCGCCCCGGACCUUCAUCUGCUCACCAAAGAGGAGGUAGAGCUGUGCAACGUCCUUCACAUCCAGCCGAAGCCCUAUCUUGUCAUCAAGGAGACACUGCUGAAGGAGUCGAUGAAGUCGGGCGGAAGCCUCAAGAAGAAAGACGCGCGGACUAUCUGCAAGAUUGAUAGUACAAAGACCAGCCGGAUAUAUGACUUCAUGGUGCACAGUGGGUGGAUCAACAAGGGAUAA